AUGCGUGUUUCGACGAAGGAGACUCGAUCACGGCCUCCGAUCCGUUUCCCGGAAAGAUCUUUCGAAGAUGGCAGGUUGGUUCUCGCAGUGUGCGGGGUAUGGCUCCACCGCCGCGCGGGACUGGAUCCUCCCACAGUACCCCCAGUCAGUAUGCGGACUGCUGAUAGGCUCUCUUACUCGGAGGUAGUCGGCGCCAUGCUGGGUAGUGAUGCUUUACUAUAUAUUGAGGAGGAGGACUACGCCACUUACCGUCACAUAUAUUUGAUGCCUCCAUUGACGGGAGCUCGUAUCCCGAUGAUGAGGCCUGCCGGUAUGUCAUCCUCGGGCCAGGCUCGGGCUCGGGCUGCAGACGCCCCUUCUGCCAGCGGGGCUGGUGCAUCUAGAGGUGGGGGUAGACCGGUUCCUCCGGUUACUCCGACCUAUCCUCAUCCUGGAUGGCCGGACAUGCCGUCCGAGUUGACGGGAUGGCGUUUUGGGACUCCUUACCCGAUUCCGCUAGAGCCUCCACUUCCUGACCAUAGAUAUGUCAGGGAUCCUGAUUCACCACCGCCUCCGGUUGAGUAUGUGGACGAGAUUCUCGGGGUGAUGGCCUCACUUGAGGGUAUGGUCCUUCGGAGAGAGACACAUCUAUCCACUAUGGGUGCGCAGAGCAUAUCUGACACACACCCCACUCGUAUACUGUACUCGCAUCUGAUUUUCAUAUUUGAACUGAUGCCAUCCAGGCCUUUUCGCGGAGCUCGAGGAGGGCCUGUCCGCAGACGCAAGGCUCACGUUGUAGAGGCGGAGCCUGAUGAGGAGGAGGAGGAGGAGGAGGCCACAGAUCGUCAGUCCGAGACGUCUGCCGAGGAGGAGGGCUCUGGUUUUGGUCCGGGGAGUGGGGACGAGGCUGAGGGGAAUCCUGAGGACGAUGAUUCUGACCCAAAUGAUGAUGAUGGUGCAGAGGCUAUCCCGCAAAAGAGGAUGAGGAGUGCUUCUCAUUCCCGCUCCCGAGGACAUUGA